AUGUAUAUCCUCGAGCAACUUGCGCGUCUUCUGGACCGCCCGCUCUUUCCGUGGAAGAAUGUUCUCGUGGGAUUCUCUUUAGGUCAAUUCAUUCUCGAAGGAUUCUUGUCCUUCCGACAAUACAAGGUGUUGCAGCGGACAAAGCCACCCAAGGUGUUGGAGAAUGAAGUGUCACAGAAAGUCUUUGAUCAGAGUCAGGCAUAUGGUCGCGCAAAAGCCAAGUUCGGUUUCAUCUCAGGUCUUUACGGUCAAAUCCAGAAUCUUGCAUUCAUCUACGGCGAUGUCCUCCCCAAGCUUUGGGGACUGAGCGGUCUCUUGCUAACGCGGUACUUCCCCUCUCGGUUCCAGGGUGAAAUUACCCAGACGCUCCUGUUCAUCUUCGGUUUCAACCUGAUCAGCACCGUCCUGUCCUUGCCCAUUUCAUACUACAAUACCUUCGUUCUAGAGGAGAAGUUUGGCUUUAACAAGCAGACGCUCAAGCUCUGGGUUACCGACAUGCUCAAGGGUCAGAUGCUGGGAAUCGUGUUGGGAACCCCGAUCAUCAGUGCCGUGCUUAAGAUCGUCCAGAAGACUGGCAAUUCGUUCUUCUACUACCUGUGGCUCUUUGGUGUCUUUGUUCAGAUCUUCGCUAUCACCAUCUACCCCAUUGUCAUCCUGCCACUGUUCAACAAGCUCUCACCUCUAGAACCUGGCGAAUUGAAGACCGGCGUUGAAAACCUCGCCCGCAAGCUCGAAUUCCCUCUCCACGAACUGUAUGUCAUCGACGGCAGCAAGCGCAGUGCUCACAGCAACGCGUACUUCUACGGACUGCCGUGGAAAAAACACAUUGUCAUCUAUGAUACUCUGAUUGAGAAGAGCGAGACUGAGGAAGUCGUCGCCGUCUUGAGUCACGAACUUGGUCACUGGAGCCUCGGUCACACUACUAAGCUCUUUGCUAUUGCUCAGUCUCACAUGUUCUAUAUUUUCGCCCUAUUCUCGGUUUUUGUGAACAACAAGUCCCUGUAUCAAUCAUUUGGCUUCCACCAGGAAAUGCCCAUCAUGAUUGGAUUCCUCCUGUUCUCAGAUGCUCUGGCUCCCAUGGAUGCUGUCGUCAAGCUCUUGAUGAACAUUCUCAGCCGCAAGUUCGAGUUCCAAGCUGAUGCCUUCGCCGUGAAGCUCGGGUAUUCCGAACAGCUUGCCGCGUCCCUUCUCAAGCUUCAGAUCCAGAAUUUGAGCACCAUGGACGCUGACUGGAUGUAUGCCAGUUACCACUACUCUCACCCCAUCCUAUCCGAGCGACUCAAGGCGCUUGGCUGGCAGGGAGGAAAGGUCACCGACGUGAAGACGGAAGAUAGCGAAAAGCCGGUCAAGGCUGCUGACCGGGAGCUUUGA